UGAAAACAUCCCCAUUCACCACCGGCAGGCUGCGUUUUGACUCUCUGUCUUGCACAUGCUCAGUGAGACUUCAGUCGUGAAUCUUUUCAUUCAUGCUGUACAUCUCUUCCUCCAUCGCCUGGCUAGGCAAGCUGCUGCUGUAGCCUCCACCUUACCUCCACUCUGCUCUGUGCUGUCUCUGACAAUGGAUGAUUGAUUUCUCCAUCCCUCCCGUUUAUCAAUCGCUCCUCAGUGGGGAAAAGAAACAAGAAACAGGGGGAACACAAGACUGUCUUGGGGGAAUUCUUCUCUCUCCUCUCUUCUUUCCUGGAAUGGAUGGAUGAAGAUUUAUAUUGGUCAUGUAACCCUCUUCAAGGCAGUAGAAGACGUGAGAGAAGAGGGGGAAGAGGAGGAGGAGAAGCAGAUGAGCGAUGUCUUGGGCUACAGUGUGAGGGAGGUUUUCAACAGAGGCAUAUGUGCAUCUCUAGUCUCUUGUCUCAGUGUUGAUUUUGGACAGAUGAUGAUGUUUUAGUUUGACCAUGGAGUUCAGCGCGUCAUCCGUGUUUGACCAGCAGAAAGAUUCUGCUGAAGAAGUGGAUCUGAACGUCGUUUACCAAGCAGCUGCCAAUGGGGAUGUCAACACAUUAACAGCAACCAUACGGGAGGAUCCCUCUAUUUUGGAGUACUGUGAUGGUGAAGGCUCCACCCCUUUGAUGCAUGCGGUGUCGGGGAGGCAGGUGGACACGGUGAAACUCCUGCUGAAGAUGGGUACCUCCAUCAAUACCCAGGAUGCCUGUGGAAGGACUUCGCUCUCCCUAGCGACAUAUCUGGGGUGGCUCGAAGGCUGCGUGUGUUUGCUGCGAAAUGGAGCCAAGCAGAACAUCCCCGAUAAAAAUGGUCGCCUGCCUCUUCACGCAGCUACCGCUGAGAUCGACCUCAAACUCAUGGCAGUCCUGUUGCAGCAAUCGACUGCGUGUGAAAUCAACCACCAAGACAACGAGGGCAUGACUGCUCUUCAUUGGGCAUCUUUCCACAACCGUCCUGAGCAUGUGCAGGCUCUCCUGCAGAAAGGGGCGGAUCCCACACUGGUGGACAAGGACUUCAAGACAGCCCUCCAUUGGGCAGUGCAGAGUGGCAGCAGAUUCAUGUGUUCUCUCAUCCUGGAGCACAGCCUUGGCUCCUCGGUCAUCAACUACGAUGACGAAAACGGCAAGACCUGCGUGCACAUCGCUGCUGCCGCUGGAUACAGCGCCAUCCUCUAUGAGUUGGCGCGCUUUGCCGAGACUAACCUGCAGGCCUUGGAUGUGGACGAACGGACCCCUCUUCAUUGGGCGGCAGCAGCGGGGAAAGAGGACUGUGUCCAGGCCUUACUGCAACUAGGGGUGGAGACAGGGCCCAGGGACAUCAACGAGAACACACCGCUCACAUAUGCAAUGUACUGUGGCCACACUGCCUGCAUCAAGCUCCUCUCAGCUGACAACAGAUCCAAUUCAGCCAGAAAGCUGCCUUCCCAGGGCAGUGAUCCAUCCCAGCUACCUUCCCAGGGCAGUGAUCCAUCCCAGCUACCUUCCCAGGGCAGUGAUCCAUCCCAGCUACCUUCCCAGGGCAGUGAUCCAUCCCAGCUACCUUCCCAGGGCAGUGAUCCAUCCCAGCUACCUUCCCAGGGGAGUGACCCAUCCCAGCUGCCUUCCCAGGGCAGUGAUCCAUCCCAGCUACCUUCCCAGGGGAGUGACCCAUCCCAGCUGCCUUCCCAGGGGAGUGACCCAGCCCAGCUGUCUUUCCAGGGGAGUGACCCGGCUCAGAUGAAGGAGGGCAAGUUCCGCAUGCUCAACCAGAUUUUCUCUUGUAAGAGGAAGGAGCACUACACCACCCGCCAGAGAGAGCUGGGCCGCGACGGACACCUGAGGGAGGAGACCUCAGAGGUGGAUGACAUCAUCACCAUGUUCGAUUGUCUGGCUGACUCCUCUUCAGCCAAGGAGCUUGAAAACGAACGCUCCAAAGUCAGGAAACGGCCUUCGAUCGAAGCAGCGCAGAAACUCAAUCCACUCGACAUCCGGACGGCGAAGGACUACAAGGGACUGCCUCCUAUACGGACGCAAAGCCUUCCACCCAUCAAUCUGGGCACGUCUUUGUUGGCCAUCUCCCAGAGUGCUGUGGAGCAGAGUCAAGCCACGAGGCCGAUGGUCAACCACUUUGCACACCGCUCUCAGAAAAGCAAGAGUGAGCAUGACUUAUUUGACAGCAGGCCGAAGGGACAAGCGUUGGUCAGUCAUUCCUGGAAGACCGAGGCCAAUCAGUCCAUUUUGGCCCACAAAUCCUGGAUAUCACCCCCACCAGAAAGGCUGUUGGACAAACUGUACCAUGAGACUUAUGGACCUACUGAUGUCAUCUGCCCACACCAAGCCCCAUACAUACAGAAGAACCAACAAGCUCCAAAUACACACCUGCUAACUCUGGACAGGUUAAACAUGAGGGAGACUGCACUAACACGGAACUGCUUGGCCCCCAUUCGUGACCACUGUACCCACCGGUUCUCCUUGCCACCAGACCAAGUCUCUAAAGGGGUGAGGAAGUCCAAGUCCCUGCCUCUCAACACCCUUUGUCGGGGACAAGGGGGUCUCCCGCCGCCAGUGACCUCCAAGUCCCAGAGGCCAGGGAUCCCCCAAAGCCCGUCCGUGUGCUCCUUCCUGCCCAUGCUGAAUGGAGACCCUCUGAGGAGCGUGCAGGUGCUCCCUGCCAUCCCAUCCCAGAGGAAAUACAGCCCCACUGUGGGCCAUCCCAAAAUGGACACCCUCAGUAAACUGGACAACAGAACCUAAUGCAACCGCAUAGCUCAUUGGAGGCUUGGGGAGAUAUGUGGUGGAGUGGACCUGAUUGGAAACUGGACUUGGCAGGGUUAGCUAACAGCAGGCUAUUUUCUGUGGAAUUUUGUAAGGUCUGAAUGAAAUUUGUCCCUAAGUGUAAAUAAAAAAAAUUAUAAUUGUCUCAGAGUGUAAAAACUGACUAAACUCAUCAAGAGGAACUCUACUGUAUGCCACAGUAAAUUGCUCAAGACUUUGCAAACAUUUGUUAAUAAACAGCAUCCUAUUUUUACACGUUUAUACUGUACUUAGUGGUGGAAAUUCCACAAUUCAAGGCAUGCACUGUGUACUGUUUGAUUUUCUUGCACUUUGAAGUUGAGACUUUAUGUUGAGGUUGUCAUGUGACUGUUUCACUAAAUUAAUAAAAUAUAUGACAUUUUUGUUA